GCGCUUCCUGGUUGAGAAAAAAAACACAACAACACUAUGGCAGGUCCGGAGAACCAGAAAUUCUGCCUGCAGGAGGUCCUGGACAGUUUUAAGUCGUGUCUGUCGCCCAACAGAGAGAUCUACAUGGAACACUACGUCGCCGGAUGGAAAGGUCUUAUAAAGCUUCUCAACAGCCUGGGGAGUGUUUUUGGCUUCAUUUCUAAAGAUGCCGCCAGCAAGACCCAGAUCCUGAUGAAUUUCCUGGACAGUAAGAACGGCUCCGAGUACGCCACCGUGCAGUCCAUGGUCAAGUUUGAGCUGGACAAUGAAUUGGUGGACGUGAACAAGAAGGGCAUCUACCCCGAGUCGGGCUGUCGCACUCUGCUGAGGCUCCACCGGGCCCUGAGGUGGCUCGAGCUCUUCCUGGACCGCCUGCGGACCAGCAAAGAGGACGACAAGACGUCAGUCAUGUGCAGGGAGGCCUACAACGAAUCCCUGGCCCAUCACCAUCCGUUCAUGAUCCGCAAGGCAGCCGGCCUGGCUUUCUAUUCCCUCCCUGGACGCCCGGGUUUCCUCGAGGUGAUGAACGUUGGCUCCCCUGAGCAGGUCGUGGCCAUGCUGGGGGAGGCCGUGCCUCUCAUUUCUGAGGUGUACACGAUCACAGAGGAACUUUAUCAAAAGCACAACCUACUUGAUUUACCGUAGAGAGGAACAAGCGUCGGUCUGUGAUUGGCCCCUGCUGGAGUGCUGUGGAGACUGCUGCUACUGUAUGAUGAUCCCAGCAUGUGUGCUAUAUCCAAGCAAUUUAUCACACUGAUUGUAACCCUGUGCAUUCCCAUUCUAGGUAUAAUGUUGUAUGUUUCUCUGAUUUUUUUUUUUUUUGUCAUGUAAACUUGAAUUGAUGUUUUUGCUGUUCCUUGGGUGUUGCUAAACAGAAAUAUGGAGAUAUUUGAUUGUUAUGGGCAUUAUGUAAGAAAGGGGAACCAAAACACUAGCUUAGAAAAUGAUACAUUUCUUGGCUAACAUCAUAACCUUUUUUAUAGAAAUGUCAUCAGUUGGGUUUAAAUAUUGUCACUAGUUUAAAUGUCCUUAUUUAUAUAGUUUUAUCAUAAAAAACGAAAUGAAAAGUUCUAAAUCCAUCUCCACAAAACCAGUGUAAAUGUUUCAGAUGUUAAUGUGGUAAAUGAAAUGCAACAGUUGAAUGUCAUUGUUGAAUAAAGUCUGUAUACUUACA